AUGCCUGCGUUUCCUCCGCCCCUCGACCCGUCUUACGAGCCGUCUGUCACCCUCGAAAGAGUCCCAGCUACGGCGCCGAUCGAAGGCAUCGUCGCCGUCCUCAAGCGCGACGGCGGGCUCAUCCUGACCGAUCUCGUCUCCCGCGAGGAUCUCGCUGCCGUCCACGACGAGCUCGAGCCGUAUCUGCAGCAGAAAAAGGCCGAGAGUGACGCUGUCUACGACCUGAUUCCCAAGCAGACUUCGGUCGUCUCUGGCCUCACCGGCAAGUCACCCGCGAUAGUCAGAAUCACCGAGUCCGACGCACUCAGCCGGGUGGUGGCCGCGGUCCUGCAGCGAACCUGCACUGCGACGUGGGAGGACAGGACGGAAGAGUUCACCAUCGAGCCGCUGCUGAGCAACAGCAUGACCUUCCACAUCAGCCACGGCGCUCCUCGCCAGCGGCUGCACAGAGACGACAUGAUCUAUGGCGUCUACCACGGCGGCGGCGGAAAGCGUGGGUGCAGCGGGUACAGCCUGGUGGACGAGACGAUGCUCGGUGUCAUGAUUGCUGGGACGCGGACGACUCGCGCGAACGGGGCGACGAUGGCCAUCCCGGGCUCUCACUUAUGGGAUCAUACCCGCGUCCCCAGGACAGACGAGGUCUGCUUUGCCGAGAUGGAACCGGGUUCGGCAUUUGUCUUCUUCGGCAGCACGUAUCACGGCGCUGGGAGCAACGCUGUCCCUGGCCAGGUACGCAGGGUCUACGGCCUGUUCUUCUGUCCCGGCUCGCACCGCCAGGAGGAGAAUCAGUUCCUCGCUGUGCCCCGAAGCAAGAUCCCCGGCAUGAGCGAGAGGAUGCUCUCUCUCCUCGGGUACAAGAAGCCAGAGACGUGGCUUGGUAUCGUCAACAACGGCGAUCCAGCUGCAAACCUCCAGGAGGUUCUUACCAUGGCUAACUCAUAA